AUGGCUGGCCCACCUCCGCUGAAAGGCAUCAAGGUCGUGGAGUUUGCAGGUCUUGCUCCAGGCCCCUUUGCCGGCAUGCUCCUCGCCGAGGCCGGCGCCUCCGUCCUCCGCGUCGACCGCGCCGUCCCCGGCCAGACGCACACCCCGGGCGAGCAAGCCCCUCCCACCAACGACAUGCUCUGCAGGCACAAGAGCUCCAUCGCCGUCAACCUCAAGGACCCGGCGGGCGUGGCGCUGGUGAGGGAGCUCGUGUCCAAAUCGGACGUGCUCAUCGACCCGUUCCGCCCGGGGGUGCUGGAGAAGCUGGGCCUGGGACCGGACGCCCUCCUGCAGCUCAACCCGCGGCUCGUCUACGGCCGCAUGACGGGCUUCCGCAGGGACGGGAGGUACGCGGCCAUGGCGGGCCACGACAUCAACUACCUCGCCGUCUCGGGGGUGCUCGGCCUGCUGGGCCGGGACGGGGAGAAGCCGCACCCGCCGUGGAACAUCCUCGCCGACUUCGCGGGCGGCGGCGCGACGCUGUUCCAGGGCGUGCUCAUGGCGCUCCUCUCGAGGAAUAGCUCGGGCCGGGGCCAAGUCGUCGAGGCGAACAUGGUCGACGGGAGCUCGUACCUGGCCACGUUCCCGCGGCUGGCGCUCAAGACGCCCAUGGGGAACCGGGGCCGCGGGAGGAACGUGCUCGACGGCGGGUGUCCGUGGUACGACACGUACGAGACGAAGGACGGGAAAUACAUGUCGGUGGGCGCGCUGGAGCCGCAGUUCUUCGCCGAGCUCGUUCGGGGGCUCGGGCUGGGCGGGCAGGGUUGGGAGGAGGACCGGGCGGACGAGGCGAGGUGGCCGGAGCUGAGGGCUCUGUUCGAGGAGCGGUUCCGGAGCAGGACGAGGGCGGAGUGGGAGGCCGUGUUUGACGGGACCGAUGCGUGCUGCGUGCCGGUGCUGGAGUAUGAGGAGCUGGAGAAGGGAGGGGCGAGGGAGGGGGAUCAGCGGCCGGCGGUUACGCUGCGCGAGACGCCGUGCCUGGCGGUGGCGGAGGGUGUGAGCCCAGGGCAGGCGGGCACUCAUGGCCAAGGAGCUGGGACGCCAGGUGAUGGGUACGAGGGUUUUGCCUUGGGAGCUGGGGAGGGUGGUGAGGAGGCCCUGCGGCAGUGGGUUGGCUGGUCCAAGGGGAAGGAGUACGAUGUUUCCAAGGGGGGUUUAGUAUGGAAGAAGCAAAUGACGUCCAAGUUGUAG